UUUCAGAACGAUAAUUCGGAAUCAGAACAUAUAGACAGCUUAGAAUCAUCAAAGGUUAUUCGAAUAACUUAGGUCUAAAACUAACAGAUGCGUCAUGAGCGUCCCUUAACGUAUGUUCAUCAAUGACACGAACGUCACCAUAACACCUGCUUUCGGAAUUCUUAAUCGGUUAAUCUGGAUAAACCGUACGCACUGGACGUAACACUGAUAUCAGACAUGUCAUUGAAUCAGUUCCGUUGAAAUUUUUUGGAUCCGUCUUUGGAUUAAGAAUCUUAGUACUUGGUUUAAAGUAUCUAUGUUGUCAGUGGUACACGAAUUGUGACACAACACGUCAAUGAGUUUGGCAUCGACAUCGGCCCUAUAAAUACUUCCACUCAGAGUGACUCCAUUCAUCAGUUAACGAACGUAUCUCAUCUACUCAAGUUCAACAGUAAACUAACCCAUCAACUGCAAUAAUGAAGUGCGACGCUGUCAUUGAAAAAAUCAAGGCUCGUGUAGCCGGAAUCGAUGCUGCCGGACCCCGUAAGGUUCUUGGAGUGUUCCAGUUGACUAUCGAAGCUGCGGAUGGGAACCACGAUCUUGUGGUAGACCUGAAGGAUUUGAAGGUAUCGGACGGCAAGGUAGCCAAUGCUGAUGUCGUAAUCUCCCUGAAGGAUGAAGAUUUUAUUGCCGUCGGCACCAAGGCCAUUACGGUUCACGAUGCUGUUGAGCAGGGCAAAUUGAAGAUCACUGGAGAUGAGGCUCUCUUCCAAGCUCUGGUGGAUGCCAUCUGAACAACUGACACCGCAGAAAAUUGCCGUGAUGUAUAAUGUACCGUAAUGUUUUUAUGUAUUUAAUAAUGUAAUAAUAAUGUAUUAUAUAAAAAGUCAACAGGAAAAAUGUGCAAUAAUAAAUUUGAUUAAU